UUCUGGUUCAAAAAUGAAUUAUAAUUUAUAUCUUAAUAUAAAGAGGAGAAAUCUCAAGAUAUUUUUUGCAAUGGGGUGACGGACAUGUGUGAUUCAAAAUUAUGUGUAAAUGUUCGUUGGCAUUAUUGCUCUAUGGCUUCUUGGCAAUUUGGACGGCCAAUAUGGCUCCAACCGGUCCACAAUUAGCCGCUAAAUUCAACCGGUCAUGGAUGUUCAUGAAAAAUAAAAGAUUGGGAAAGACUGGUAGUCAAAAUUCAUUUGAAUCUUUUGAAGAUAAAGACUUUGAAAGAAGAAAGAGAGCCAUAGGAGCACGUGGAGUUAACUUGGAGAUCUGGUUCAACGUGGAAGGAUAUAGUAUCAAAUCAUUAGAAAGAAACUUCAAAUUUCCAAAGACUCCAGACUUGCGGGUACUGACUCACAGAUUUGCUGAGCCUCCUAACAUUGGCGAGAGUUACGGUUCAAGAUUGUUCGCGUGGUUUUCACCUCCGAAAACGGGAUAUUAUGUUUUCUAUAUUUCCAGUAAUAAUGAUGGAAAAUUGUAUAUCAGUACUGAUGAUAAACCAGAAAACAAAAGAUUAGUUUGUGAAAUUACCAACUACGAAUACUCCAAGACACUUGGAGAAUGGUUUAAAUACGACAGUCAACGAUCUCCUCCGAUUCCAAUGCUGAAGGGUGAAUAUUACUAUAUGGAAGCUGUUCACAAAGAACUCUUUGGUAACGACGUCCUCCAAGUUGCAGUUCAAAUGGAAAAUGGACAGUUCAUUGGACCCAUUAGCGAAGAAUAUCUUUAUUUCUAUUACAAAUCGUCGAAAGAUGGUAGCAAAGCAACAGAUCCGCUUAACGCUGGCGUAGCUGCCGGUAUCAAGGCUGGACAAGACGUGCUUAGAAAGGCGAAAAAAAAGGCGGCGGAGGAGGCAAAAAAGGCGGCAGAAAAGGCGGUUAAAGAAGCAUUGAAGAUUACUGAAUUACCUGUAGGAAAUGGCAAGAAACCGAAAGCGCGCUACAUUGAAGAAGUGAAUAUAACUGAAGUUGUUGAAAAAAUGAAUAUAAGAGUUCAUCCUGCGUCAAUGCAAGGAGUGUCAGCUACUGGUCACAAAGGAGCAAUUCGUUUUUAUUCUAUGAGCGUUCCGGCUGUUCAAAAAGACUACAAGAAAAAUCUCGCAAUCACAGUACAUGGUGAUCAAGUGAUAUUAGGAGAGACUCCAUCUUGUUGGCUUCCACAUUCCCCUGGUAAUUUACCAAAGGAUUCGAACUAUAACGAAAGUCAAACGGUUUCCUUUGAGCUUCUAAACAGUGAUGGUUACUACUUAAUGCAGAAGGACUACAAGUUUAUUGUAGCAAAAUACAAUGGUAGCUCUCAUUAUGGUUACGAGUCCAGUUUUACAGAACGCCAUAGAGUGAGUGCACCACGAACCUCAUUUUUCACGCUUUCGGCCGCUGAUCACUGGGGAUGGGGCUUCUGUAUUGGAGGCUCGGUAGGACAUCGUCGUUAUGAAAUGAGAAUGUUAUUUGAUGAUGAAAGUGUCAAGUAUGUGCGAAACUGUUCAUAUUAUAUCGAACCUGUGGAUAACUGUACACAGCCUAAAUAUGUUCCAGUCAAAGAAGUACCAAAAAAUGUUACAAAAAAGCCCAAAGACACAUGUAUUUCGCUGUUGUUUGUAAAUCACGCGCACACAAGAAUCCUCAUCCAAAGUUCAGUCAAACCAACUCCGUACAGAAUCACAGAGCCUCGUUUUGUUCUAACCAUGAAAUUCCAGGGACUGAAAUUCACUCCUGUCAUAUUCAAUGCUUCCGAUCCUGAAUUUACUGAGAGACAAUGCUUUCUGAAUGGAAGGAGGUAUUUCUCAGCAUCACCACAAAUAUCUUGUAACAACACCGUGGAAAUCGAAAUAGCAUGCGUUUAUCAAGCGAUAACAACAACGCCGCCACCCAUGACUACACAACCUCCAACAAGACCUACAGAGAGACCCAAGAAAAUGAAGAUACUCUGUCCCGGGCCACCAGGUCCACCCGGCCGUCCGGGCCCUCCAGGCAUGAUGGGACAGAUUGGAAUACGAGGACCGCCUGGCAUAGCUGGAGCGCCAGGUCCACCUGGAAAGCCUGGUCCCAAAGGGUCUAUUGCAAAUAUAACACACAAAGAAAAGGAAACAGUGUCACACCAGGUAACUACAAUGCAGUCAAGUCAUGCAGGUAUCAUGGUGUCCCUCUGUUCCUGCAAGGACCCAAGGUGUACCAGCCCAUUAUGUAGAGACGAAAUUUUGAAUCCCGACAAAAAUGAGCCGAUUUUAAACAAACAUAAAUCUCUCUCUGACAAAGAUUCAUAUCCUGUUUUUGACCCAUUAAACUUGAAUGAUAAUCCAAGAGAUGCAACGUCAGUUACACAAAGGUCUGACAUACCAAAAGAGUUGGCAAGUAGUCCUUCAAACAGCAACGGAACUUCACGCAAAUAUGAAUAUUUGAACUCCUCGCCGUUCAGAUUUCUUGCGAUGCCUGUAUGUACGAGUUAUGGUCCCCCCGGGCCUCCUGGUCUUCCGGGACCUCCCGGAAUACCUGGACAACAAGGACCACAGGGACCUGCUGGACGACCGGGACAUCCAGGUCCACCUGGACCGCCAGGAUCCCCAGGUGUAACUCAAGUAAAUGCGUUUGUACCCCAUAGUGAAACCAAAAAAGACCCGGGCCCAUGUCUUAGUUCAGGAAAUUUAUACCCAUGUAAACUUCCAAAGGUUAUAAUAGUCCAUGACCCUCCCCUGCAACCUCAUAUUAUCGUCCACUCACCCCCACCAACCGUUAUAAAUAAUUUACCCAAAUCUCCGCCUGUAAUUUUUCACUCAUCCCAACCAGUUAUUCCUAGUUCACCACCACCUACGUGUCCAUCAAUAUGUUCUCACACAUGCUCCCCAAGUUGUCCAUCAUAUUGUUGUUCAAAUUGGCCCCCAUAUCAAGAAUAUUCAAACGACCAGAAAUGCUGGUGUCGUAAUGUGUGUACCCGCCAAGUAAAACGAACUUGUAGGAAAGUUUGUACCUGUGAAAAUACGGAAAUUGUAAAAAAGUAACCAAAUUUCAGUUUUUUUAGGUCAUAUGAUGUGUAGAGCACAACUAAAUUAAAAUAAUGUCGGUACUCUAGGAUCUAAAAUAGUUUAUAAAAUCAAUUAAAUCUACGUGAGUAAAAAGAAUCAGUUUUAGUGAAAAGAUUCUCGAGAUACGAAAACAGACUGAAAAUAUCUUGAACUUUUUAGCGUGGUACUGAUAUGCCAGCUGUGUAAAUUGAAUUUCCCAAGAAACUUUUUCAUUCUUGAAAAAGAAAUCAUUAUUCUUAAAAGACAAAGGAAAGGGAGGCCUGGACGAUACGAGGGCUG